AUGCAGCGGGUCACUUCCAUGCUCCCCUCGUGGGACAAGACCAAGACCAACAGCAAGAAGGGUUUUGAUACGGCGUGGAAGGCUCUCGAUAAAUUGGGCGGCCCUGUCAACAAGCUCUCUAAUAAGAUAGGAUCCGAAGCUUUCUGGCCCACAUCCCUCGAUAAGGAGAGUGAUAAAGCGGCUAGGAUCCUCAAGUCGUUUUGCAAGGACGGCUUCUACGCAGAAGAAGAUCGACCACUCAACCAGGAGGGAGCAAAGGGCAAGCAACGCGUAUUGAAGAAGAUCCCACAAAAGGUCAUUGAGAAUGCCGUUGGUCUCGCCAUAUUCACGACCAUGCGAUCCGGUCUCUGGGUUUCUGGUGCCGGCGGCUCGGGUGUCUUGGUUGCGAGGAUGGAGGACGGAAACUGGUCCCCUCCAUCCGGUAUCUUGCUGCACACAGCAGGUCUAGGAUUCCUGGUCGGCAUCGAUAUCUACGAUUGCGUCGUAGUCAUAAAUAACCGCAGGGCUCUCGAUUCCUUCACAAAGGUCCGAGCCACAAUUGGGGGCGAGAUCAGUGCAGUGGCUGGACCUGCUGGCGUUGGCGGGAUUAUAGAAAACGAUGGGAAAUGGAACCAAGCAAAUCGACCAGUCUUCACCUACCUCAAAUCUCGAGGGUUCUACGCCGGGGUUCAGGUAGACGGAACUGUCAUCAUUGAACGAACCGAUGAGAACGAACGCUUCUACGGAGAGAGGAUUGGUGUCGCUGAUAUUCUGGCCGGAAAGGCACGCCACCCGCCAUACGAGAUCAAGAUGCUCAUGGAGACUCUCAAGGCAGCAGAAGGCAGUAAUGAUGUUGAUGUAUCAGCGCUCCAAGCACUCUCCUAUGAGCCUGCCCCAGGGGACUUCGAGAUUCAGACUCCAUCACCCGAAGCCCCCACAUUCGGGAUCCCAGAACCUGAUGAUCCCGAUCCUUUUGGUGUUCUAGCCCUGGAGAGGGAGGGGUUUGAGAUCCGAGAAGCAGGUACAAAGGCACGACCACCGAGCACACAAUUCGAAUUCAACCCAAGUCCGACGAGUCCUGUAUACCAAAAAUACCACCGGCAAAGCAUGGACACAAUUAGUUCACUCAAUAAUAGGGCGAGUUACAUGUCCAAUCGCAGUUUCCGGACGAACAGGACAAGUACGGGCAGGCUAACGCCGACAGUUGAAAUGGGCACACAGACGGAUGAUCACAUUACUCCCAUUACCAGUCCAAGUCAAAGCGACGAGCAGAAGCGGAUAAUAGAAGAAGAAAUCGACUACACGAAGGUCGACUUGGGACCGUACAGCAGCCAGGGUCAUAACCAAGACCACGACAGCACCACCGCGACUGAUGCCUCACGCGAACAUGACCGCAAUGACCAUCGCGCAGCUGAUAGUAGCUAUGCCACCGAAACCGAAGAUGAUGAGCCAGUCGUCUUCGAGGCUGCUUCUGCACAGACUGCGGUCUUGAUGCCGCAAUCGAUUGCCAAGGGUGGCGGGCUGGUCAACAUCCCAAAAAGACCACCGCCCCCUCCAUUGCCGCCACGGAACUUGGCGAGAGCAAGCAAGGUGUUGACGGUCGAUCAGUCAAGUGGCCAGAGCCCAAUGAAGUCAGAUUUCGGGGCGAGUCAGACUUCCGUGGUGUCAGACUUCGAGGAGGUGGACCUGCAUGGUGGGAACCGCAAGAGCGAGGAGCUGGUGAAGGGUAUCGUGCUAGACGAUCUGGAGAAGUCUGAACCCCGCCGAUCCGUCGAUGAAGAGGUGGACAGAGCUCUCGAGGAACAGCACCUGGAGAAACUGGAGAAGAUCGAGUCCUCGGAGCCGGAGACAGAGAAGUUCGAAGACGCAGCGCAAGAAGCCGACCCCAAGACCGAGGCCGAGACUGAAACGGAGACUGAGAACGAGCAUGAGAAUGAGCUUGAGACCCCGGGUACGCAGCAUGAUGAUGUGAUGUGGACGGCCUCGCCAUACGAGGAGAAACAGGCACCGCAGGUGACACCAGCAGUGCACGAGGAGGAGCCGGCCAUGCACGAGGAGGAGCCGGCCAUGCACGAGGAGGAGCCAGUAAUGCACAAGGAAGAACUGGUAGUAGAAGACGACGACGAACCAACCGUGCACGACGAGGAAUCAAAAAUGCAUGAGAAGAAACCAUCAGUGCACGAGGAGAAAGCAUUAGUGCACGAGGAAUGA